ACAGAUUGUAUUUACACAACUCUAUUUACAAAGAAAUGUUUUUAUGUAUUGAUAUAUUUUUUUUUCUCUCUCAAAGUUUAUACAACUAGUUUAAAUAAUCUAACAUUUCACAGCAGCUUCCAAGCAAUGUCAGUCAUCUUAUAAUUGGUUAACCCACCCUUCCUUCCCACCACCAGCCUUUCUUUUCCCACCAUCAACCCUCCUUUUCCACCAUAAACAGUCAUCUUGUUUGGCUAGAAAAUUAUUCUUUUCCACCAUAAUUAAUUUUGAUGUAUUAAUCCCAGUCAAAGGGGAGUAACUCUCCAUCCUAAUCCAUUUUGUUAACUUUGAUCAAGAAGCAGGUUAAAAGAAGGAAAUACAAAGACUUUAAAAAAUCAAUUGUUAAAAUGAACUGACAUUGCCUUUUUUGUGACUAAAGAUAUAAAUCAUGCAAAAACAAAAUCGCAAAAAAUAUAUAUUAAAUGCAAAUUGCUCUAACAACAUUAUUGCACAUUUGUGUGAAAACCCCACUUUAAAAUAGAAUACAGUUAUUGUAAACCAAAGGAGUAGAGAUGAACACAUUACCUUUAAUUGGCUCCAAUUUCUCCAACUCCCACAAAAUAAAUCCAAAGCCCUUGGCAUCACAUAAUAAACAUAUAGAAAUUGGAAUGCUCAAAACAUUCUGUAAUUUUAAAAUACCUACAUGCAAUUUAUAGAACUUCCCAUAGAUUUAUUUGACAUUAAGGCUUUCAUACAAAGUUAAGCCUGAUAACUGAAUAUAGCCGGAAAACUCUGAUAUCUAAAUCCAUUUUAUCUCACACAGGGUGUAAUGGCAAGAAAAAGACAAUAACAGAAAUAAUUUCAUGUGUUAUACUAGUGUAAAUAAAGUAUAGUCUAAAGACUUAUACCUGAAUGAUAAAAAGUAAGGAUUUGGCACAGCAACAACAAACUUCAGACCAAUCAGAGCUCCACUACCAAACGUCCUACAUCAGAACAGACCAAUCAGAGCUCCCCUACCAAACUUCCUACAUCAGAACAGACCAUUCAGAGCUCCCCUACCAAACUUCCUACAUCAGAACAGACCAAUCAGAGCUGCUCCACUACCAAACUUCCUACAUCAGAACAGACCAAUCAGAGCUCCCCUACCAAACUUUCUACAUCAGAACAGACCAAUCACAGCUCCCCUACCAAACUUUCUACAUCAGAACAAACCAAUCAGAGUCUACCAAACUUCCUACAUCAGAACUGACCAAUCAGAGCUCCACUACCAAACUUCCUACAUCAGAACUGACCAAUCAGAGCUGCUCCCCUACCAAACUUCCUACAUCAGAACAGACCAAUCAGAGCUGCUCCCCUACCAAACUUCCUACAUCAGAACCGACCAAACAGAGCUGCUCCCCUACCAAACUUCCUACAUCAGAACUGACCAAUCAGAGGUCCCCUACCAAACUUCCUACAUCAGAACCGACCAAUCAGAGCUCCCCUACCAAACUUCCUACAACAGAACUGACCAAUCAGAGGUCCCCUACCAAUCUUCCUACAUCAGAACCGACCAAACAGAGCUGCUCCCCUACCAAACUUCCUACAUCAGAACAGACCAAUCAGAGCUCCCCUACCAAUCAAUCUAAACACAACUGAUUCCACCAAUCAGACAGCUCUCACUGUUUAAACUUUUACUCAUUCAGAUAUAAAUUGCAUGCUGGAAAAUUGCUGUAGCUGUCUUGUGUUAAGUUUCUUCUUAAAUAGUAUAAUAGUGUUUGAUUUUUAAAAAUAUAUUGCAUGUUUAAAUUAUGAUUGAGAGAAGGAAAAAACAAUCGUUCUUUCUGAGCAUAACUGAAAUAGGUUUGGUAGAUAAUGGAUCAGAACACUUGUGAUAGUUAGGUUAUGACAGUAUACAGGUCCUAGAACAUGUACACUUGUGAUAGUUAGGUUAUGACAGUAUACAGGUCCUAGAACAUGUACCACUAACAGGAGCUUUAUCAUGUGUAA